AUGCACCAUUCUAGGGAGACUGGCCUGAGAAUCUAUGGCAGAGUGCCCUAUCUAUUUUUAGUGCUUCCUACUGCUGCUGGCAAAACCACACUAUUCCUUUUUGGGGCUAGUCUAGCCACUAGUCAGGUUACUAUAGUAAUAGUGCCAUUGAUUUCCCUAAAGCUAGACCUCUCUAGGAAAGCUGCUGCCUUAGGCCUUCAGCCUACUAUCUGGGAACCUGGUCAGGUCAUGCCGCUAGCCAGUUCUAGGGUGAUCUUAGUGCAAAUUGAACAUCUAGAUCACCCUAGGUUCAAUGAGCUAGCAGAUGAGCUGAUUACCCAAAAGAGACUAGCACGAAUUAUUUGGGAUGAAUGUCACCUGAUUCCACUAGCUAAAAGCUAUCGGCCAAUUAUGUUGCGUGCCUGGCAUGCCCUAGCCCUACCUGUGCCUAUGGUAUUCAGCUCAGCUACCUUGCCUCACCACCUCCAGGCUGAGCUCAAGGUCCCUGACCGCCUGCCUGAAUCAGAAUAUGCCCCCUAUCUCCGGCAGUUCAUCAAGACCUUUGAGAUGAAACAUGGCCCAUUUAGGUCUAGUACUACUGCUCAGGCUAGUGCUCAGGCUAGUGCUCAGGCUAGUGCUAGUGCUAGGACUAGGGCUAAUGUGAUCAUCUUCUGCCGAACAAAGCGGCUAGUGGAUGCCUUAUCUGAUCAAAUGGAUCCUGAGGCAGCCAAAUUCCAUUCUGAUCUAUCUGACCAGGCUAAGCUAGAUCAGCUAGAUCGAUUUCAAUCUAGCAGAUAUAUCUUAGUGGCUACUGGGGCCAUUGGGGCAGGGUUUGAUUUCCAUGACAUUGACUUAGUCAUCCAUUUUCUGCCUGGUGAAUAUGAGAUGACGAGUUUUAUGCAAGAAUCUGGUCGCGCAGGCAGGUCACCUGACCAGCCUGGAUGGUCAUAUUGCCUAGUGAGGGCAUACCAGCUGCAGGCUAGGCCUAAUCAGAAAGGGAAAGCCCUAGAGGUCUCCACCUUCCUAGAUUAUCUAGGGGAGCAGGUCUGCCGGCGGCGUACCAUAUCUAGGGUGUUUGAUUCUAGGGCUAUUGAGUCAUGUGACCCUGGCUGGGCCCUCUGUGAUCUAUGUGAUCAUAGGCAAUCCAGGCUAGGCCUAGCACCUCUGGCAGCUAAAUCACCAAGCCUAGCCAUAUCGAAUCACCCAACCUAG